UUCCGUCGAGCGUGGAGGCGGCGGUGUUUGUCCCGCGCGGCGACCCGUCCGCGGUUCGUCUCCAAGUCCAGCGCGCGUGGGACCCGCGGGAAAGUGGGACGGGCCAGCUCCUGGCCGAGCCGCCUUGCAGGAUGUGCUCCCUUUCGUUGUUCCCACCGUCACCACCCUGGGACCAAGUGACGCUUUACGAAUACAACAACGAGCUGGUGACCGGUGACAACUAUGAAAGCCCGCCCCCCGACUUCCGGGGUCAGUGGAUCAACCUUCCUGUUCUACAUCUAACAAAAGACCCCCUCAAGACCCCUGGCCGUCUGGACCAUGGCACCAAAACGGCUUUCAUCCAUCACCGUGAAAGUAUCUGGAAGAGAUGUAUCAAUGCCUGGCGGGACAUGGGGGUUUCCGGUGUGCUGAAUGAAGUGGCUAACUCUGAGGAAGAAGUGUUCAAGUGGGUGAAGACGGCAUCAAGCUGGGCCCUGGCUUUGUGUCGAUGGGGCGCUUCCCUCCAUGGAUCCCUGUUUCCCCAUCUGUCACUUCGGAGUGAAGAUCUGAUUGCGGAGUUUGCCCAGGUCACAAACUGGUCCAGCUGCUGCCUGAGGGUCUUUGCCUGGCAUCCCCACACUAACAAGUUUGCGGUGGUGCUGUUAGAUGACUCCAUCCGGGUAUACAAUGCCAACAGCACCAUAGUUCCCUCUCUCAAGCACCGCCUACAGCGAAAUGUGGCCGCCCUGGCCUGGAAGCCCCUCAGUGCCUCGGUGCUGGCUGUGGCUUGUCAAAGCUGUAUCCUCAUCUGGACCCUGGAUCCCAACUCUCUGUCCACCAGACCCUCCUCAGGCUGUGCCCAGGUGCUUUCCCACCCAGGACACAGCCCUGUCACCAGCUUGGCUUGGUCCCCCAAUGGAGGACGACUACUUUCAGCCUCACCUGUAGAUGCUGCUGUCUUGGUAUGGGACAUCUCCACUGAGACUUGUGUUCCCCUUCCCUGGUUCCGAGGAGGUGGAGUCACCUAUCUGCUUUGGUCCCCCGAUGGUAGCAAAGUCUUGGCCACCACUCCCUCUGCCGUGUUCCGAGUUUGGGAAGCUCAAAUGUGGACCUGCGAGAGGUGGCCUACCCUGUCGGGCCGUUGUCAGACUGGCUGCUGGAGCCCAGAUGGGAAUCGCCUGCUCUUCACAGUCCUAGGAGAGCCGCUUAUUUACUCCUUGACCUUCCCUGAACACAGUAGGCCUCUGAGGUUGGAAGAAGGUUUAUCACGUGCCCUUUCCAUAGGGGAGGGGAAAGGGCAGGUUGGAGGUGCCAAGACAGCUACCAUUGUGGCAGAUCUGUCCGAGACGACAAUACAGACACCCAAUGGGGAAGAAAGGCUGGGUGGAGAAGCUCAUUCCAUGGUCUGGGACCCUAGUGGGGAACGUCUGGCUGUGCUUAUGAAAGCAAACCCACGUGUCCGACAUGGCAAGCCUGUCAUUCUGCUGUUCCGAACCCGAAAUAGUCCCGUGUUUGAACUGCUUCCCUGUGGUAUUGUGCAGGGGGAGCCAGGAGCCUGGGCCCAGCUGAUCACCUUUCACCCAUCCUUCAACAAAGGAGCUCUGCUCAGUGUGUGCUGGUCCACAGGCCGGAUUGCCCACAUUCCCUUGUACUUUGUCAAUGCCCAGUUCCCACGAUUUAGUCCCAUGCUGUGCCGGACUCAGGAGCCCCCUGCUGGGGGAGGUGGCUCUACCCAUGUGCCUCUGUUUACUGAGACAGCCCCCAUCUCUAGCCCCUGGGAUCCCUCUUCAGGAACUUCUUGGUCCCACUCUCCCACCAGCCAUCUUCAAUAAACAAACAUUCUCUUUAUUUCCCUUCA